AUGUCUCUGGAAUUCACCAACCAACCUCCCGCGUCGCGGAUCCCAUAUGCCAUCCCUCAAUUGGAGGGAGAGCGGAUCACGAUCCCGGGUAGCAAAGGCGUCUUCCGCAUCUUGACCUCUGCAAAGCAAACCGGUGGAUUGAUGGCCGUGUUCACAAGCGGUGCUGUCCUUUCCGAUGCUCCAGGAUUCCACUACCAUGACCGCGCACACGAUGUUUUCUUGGUCACAAAGGGCUUCCUGAAGCUCUAUAAUGGAGACCAGUGCCGGAUUAUGGGUCCGGGUGACUUUGCAUAUGUUCCUCCGAACGUCAUUCACAUGCCCGACAUGAUUGGCCCCCAUACAGAGCUUCAGGGCUUGAUCACCCCCGGUGACUGGGUCGACUUCUUCCGUUAUGUGUCAGAGCCCUUUGAGGGAGUCCUCGUUCCCGAAGGUGAUAAUCGUGAUUUGAAAUCUCUUCUUAUUCCCAAGGUCAUGGCCGCCAAGGGACAGUUUGAUGUCGUCUUCCAACCGCACCAUGUGCCCCCACAAGUGUCUGAGUGGACAAAGGAAGACGAGAAAUUACCGGAAGGCCCGACUGGAUACUUCCUGCGCGCCAACACCGGUCCCAAAUGGAUGCUUGGAGGUGUGAUGUCUCGUCCAUUUGUCACGACAACACAGAGCACUGGAGUUUGUGCCAUCUCCAGCAUUGAGUCGUCGAAGGAUUACGGCGAGACUGUGUUCUCCAAGUAUAUGACUUUCCCCACGGUGGAUCACUGCUUCCUUGUCAUGGAGGGCGCGCUCCGGGUUAAGCUGCAAGGUGCUGAUGAUGCCGUCUUCCGGGAGGGUGAGACUAUUGUUAUUCCUGCUGGACAGACAUUUUCACUCGUCUUUGAGAGCAAGUUUGUUAAGUUCCACUCUUUCACCGAUGGCGAUGGUAUUGAAUCAUUGAUCCACGCUGCGGGCAAGCCGUUCGAGGGCGUAGUGCUGCCAGAUCAGGCACCAGCAUAUGAACAGUCUGAAGUGGAAUCGGCCGCAGUGCGUCUGAAUGUGACAUUUUAG